UUAGAUGUACCUAGUCACUAGUGCAGUGACUGCAGUAGCCUUUCUAAUAAUUUAGUUUACAAACAGUUUUCUUCUCGUCUUCUCGGUUGCGAAAUAAAAGACAUCAAUGGCUAGCUGGGCCUGGUUUAGUUUUAGUUUAGCUUCAUUUUGGAUUUGAAUUACUUACUGACUGAAUCGUACCGACCGGUUGCCAAUUUGGUGUUGUUUUGUGAAAAUGUCUGACGCUUGGGAAGAAAUUCAAGCCGUCAAAAGCAAAAGGAACAGUUUGCGGGAAAAGCUUGAGAAACGGAAGAAAGAACGACAGAAUAUUCUGGGAGCCACUUUAACGGUCCCCGAGAAGUCUGAGGGCUCCCCAGGUGGUAAAGAACGCAGUGUAUCUAGUCCGGCUCCUCAAAAAACUGAUGUUGCAGCGCCUACUUCUGCUGAAAAACAAAAACCACCAGUGCCUUCAGCUUCGCUGGAAGUGCGUCUUUUGCAAGUGCUCUCAGACAUGCAACUCCAGUUGCCGGCAACGGCCAGCGCUCUGUUGCCAGGCCUUGGAGAUGUCGAUGCAGGGAUCGUGGCCAGUUUACUUGAAAAAUUUGCCACUCAGAAGUUGAUUACUAUAAGAGAAAGAACAGAGACUACAACAGACGGUGGUAUUGAAGUGGUCAGUGCAGAGUCCGUAAGACUUGCUGCAGUCCUUGCUGCUCUUAUGGAAGAACAAUCCACUAGCCAUAAGAGGAAAGGGGAUGUUGUUGAACAAAGCACAAAACCGAAAGUGUCAAAGACUUUGCCAGAUGAAAAGAAGGUUGCAAAGGGUGAUACAGAUAUAAUGUCUUUACUGGCAAUGCCUUCGAGCAGAGAAAAAGCAGUCAAAAGAGUGGGAGAAGAGAUAAUGGAUUUGUUGAGCAAGCCCACAGCUAAAGAGAAGUCUUUAGCAGACAAAUUUAAAAGUCAAGGAGGUGCCCAAGUAAUGGAGUUUUGCCCGCACGGCACCCGCGCGGAAUGCGUUCGAGCGUUCUCGGUUCAGAAACCAGAUGGUACAGAAGUGCAGGGGUACAGUUGUAAGAAACUCCACUUCAAGAAGAUUAUACAGAGUCAUACGGACGAAUCGCUGGGAGACUGCUCGUUUCUGAACACCUGCUUCCAUAUGGAUAGCUGCAAGUAUGUGCACUACGAAGUGGACAAUACGGAUCCAAAUGCAAAUUCCAACAAAAUAACAACUGAAUCUUCACAGAAGAUUGCACAAAAUGGUGCAAGUGUGGUGUCAAAGCCUGAUGGAGUAUUGACAUUGACUCCACCACAAUGGCUGCAGUGCGAUCUGCGGUAUCUUGACAUGACAUUCUUAGGCAAGUUUGCGGUGAUCAUGGCGGACCCGCCGUGGGACAUCCACAUGGAGCUGCCCUACGGAACGAUGUCGGACGACGAGAUGAGGUGUCUGGGCGUGCCGCAACUGCAGGACAGCGGGCUUAUAUUCCUGUGGGUCACUGGCAGAGCCAUGGAGCUGGGCAGAGAGUGCCUAAAGCUGUGGGGCUACGAGCGCGUGGAUGAACUGAUCUGGGUGAAGACCAACCAGCUGCAGAGGAUCAUCCGCACCGGCCGCACUGGGCACUGGCUCAACCACGGCAAGGAGCAUUGCUUGGUGGGCAUGAAAGGCAACCCAGAGAACCUGAACCGAGGCCUGGACUGUGACGUCAUCGUGGCCGAAGUGAGGGCCACCUCGCACAAGCCUGACGAAAUAUACGGAAUUAUUGAACGUCUCAGUCCGGGCACAAGGAAGAUUGAGCUAUUCGGGAGACCACAUAAUAUACAACCCAAUUGGAUAACCCUCGGCAACCAAGUCGACGGCGUCCGCUUGGUGGAGCCAGAACUGAUCGCAGCCUUCAAGAAGCGCUACCCGGACGGCAACUGUAUGGCGCCUCCGCCCCCGGACCCAGGGCUGCCCUAGCCAAGCAAUAAUAGCCCUAAACACAAUGGUAAUACGGCCACGUUAUUCUGAACUUUGAUGCCUUGUUAACUGUAUAAUAUCCGGGAUCCAGCAUCACUGGACACCGUUAAACUGUAUUGCCGUGGGAAUGAUCCAACGGCGACUUUUUGUAGCGAUGCAGUAGCGAUUCUGUCGCGCAUUCGCAUCGAUACAGUCGCAAUGCGAUCACUAUGUGCCCUCGCCCACAUAAAAAAAUCGAUUCUG